AUGUCGUAUGACACAUAUCCAGACGGGAGUAUUCUACAAAUUUCAUUUCAUAAUUUUCUGUAAGUUUGAAUUGUUUCGAAAUUAAAAAAAACAACAUAUAUAUUUUUUCAGCACAUAUGAGGAUACAGUUUGCACACCUGGAGAGAAUCUCAAUUUAAUUCUUGGACACAAUGGAAGUGGAAAAAGUUCUAUUAUUUGUGGAAUUUGCCUUGUUUUUGGUGGAAGUCCAAAAUCAUUGGGUCGAUCGGAAAAACUUCCCGAUUAUAUCAGACACAAUUGUACUGAAGCAUUUGUUGAAGUUAUGAUAGCUGAUAAACAAAAAGGUCCCCAAAUUAUAAGAUUGAAUAUCAGAAAAGGAAAAUCACCAGAAUAUAAAUUGAAUGGAAAUCACAGUACUCAACAACAAAUCAAAGAUUUGGCUAAAAGCUAUAACAUUCAGGUUAAUUCAAAGAAAAUUCAGAGAGUUUUGAAAUAGAUAUAUUAUUUUCAGAUUGACAAUCCGUGUGCAUUUUUAGCUCAAGAUAAAGUAAAAAGUUUUUCGGAGCAGUCACCAAUCGAACUUCUUUUCAACACUGAAAAAGCUGCAUCUGCUGAAACUCAUGAAGAACAUAUCGCACUUAUUCAACAAAGAAAAGAUAGUUCUCAAAUUGAAGAUAAAUGCAAUAGUUCAAUUAAAGCUAUCCAACAAAUUGAAGGUUUAAAUUAGUUUGAUCUUUUCUAAAAUAAUUUAUAUAUUUUCAGAGAAUAUCGCUAAACUUGAACCUCGUGUUGAAAACUACAGAAAAAAGAAACAAAUGCAAAACAAAUUAAGAUUGUUGGAGCAGAAAUUGUCGAUGGUUGAGUUCAAUGAAGUUGAUGAUGAAUAUAGAAAAGAAGUAGAAGAAUUUGACGAAAUUAAAGAAAACUAUGAUAAAAUCAAAGACAAAGUAAGCAAAGUUGAUGCAAAAAGAAAGAAAUUAUCAAGCAUGGCAGAUACUGAAAGAAAUAUGAUUACGAAACAUGUGAGUUGAAAAUACAAAGAUUUAUCUUCUUUCAAAUAUUGUUUUUCAGAAGUCAAAAGCUGCGGAUAUAAUUGAGAAAAUUGAAGGAUCCAUUGACAAAGACAUUAUUUCGAAUCGAACAAAACAAGCAAAACGAGAACUUGAUGCGCAGAAAAAAGCAUUCGACCAAAAUGAACGAGAAAAAGAGGAGACAAUCAGAAGAAUUAGAGGAUUUGAAGAGAAAUUGGAUGAAGCUGAAAUAGAAAUGAAAGGAUAUCAGAAGUUUAUGGAGAAAUCAAAAAGCGAAGAGAAAAAAUUGUUUGAAAUUGAAAAAGAAUGUCGAAAUCAUGAGGAUUCGAUUAGUAAGAAGGGAUAUGAUUUGAGAAGUUUGCUUGAAAGUAAGUUAUUUAUUUGAUUUUUAAAUAUAAACAAAUUUCGAAUUUGUUUAUUUUUUCAGAACAACGCGAAGCUGACAAACAUAAUGCUGAGAAUGAAACGAGAAGAUUACGAUGCAUGGGAAGUUUAUCACCAGAUGCUGCAAAAGCUUGGAAUUAUUAUAAAGCUAAUCGUUCCGCAUUCAAAGAUGAUAUUUUUGUUCCAAUUAUGCAUGUCACUUUAACAACACCAGAUGCUGCAAAAUAUAUUGAGAAUUCAGUUGGUGGAAGAGAUUGGUGUAUGUUUGUAUGUUCAAAUAAAGAUGAUGAAUUGAUUAUUAAUGAUAAUACGAAAGGUUGGAGAAUUAAUUCGACUGUUGUUCGAAAAGAAAGUGUGAGUGUUUUUUGGGGAAAAGCACAGGAGAGGCCCUUAUUUCGAAAUAUUUUAAAUUUCCCCAAUUAUCUAUUUCCAUCUCGCAAAUUAAUGGUUUAGGUCAACACGGAACAAAUCAAUUCAAUUCUUCCGGAUGAACUCAAACAAUAUGGUUUUUCUUGUUUUGUUUCUGAAUCAAUUUCUGCACCAGAUUCACUCAAACAAUAUUUGUGCAAUGUUUUUCAACUUCAUCGUAUUGCAUGUGGCAAAAAUGAGGUGGAAAAGAAUUUGGGAAAUGUUGCUGAUUCAUUGGCAAAAACCAGAUAUAAUGUUUUCAUCACAACCAACAUUAGAGUUAGUUUUUUUUAGAAAUCAUUUUCAGAAUUAUCAGUUUGUAUAUAAUGUUCGUACCUGUUCCAGGUUCAAAUUUCGAUUUCUCGUUAUUCUGGUGAAGUAAUGCAAUCACAAUCACAAUUAAGACAACCACAAACUUGGAAUGACCAAGUUUUCUCGAAAAGUACUUCAAAAAAAUCAAAUACGGGAAGUAUCGAUGAAGAAUUGGAUAAAAUGAAUGCUGAAAUCAAAAAAGAGACAGAAGUUAUGAAUGAAAAAAGACGAAAUAUCCAGAAAGCGAAAGAUUCUUUGAAAGUUGAUCAAAAUGAAUGGAGACAAAAGAAACAAGUUGAAAAUGCGGCAAGACAAUUGGUUGAAGCGGAAAAAGAUAGACUGAAAAGAUUGGAAAAGGAAGUUAUUGAUUUGGAUAAAGCUGAAAAAGCAUUUGAAAAAGCACAAAUUGAGGCGAAAAAAAGUGCACAAGCUAUGUUCGAUGAAUGCAUCAAGUCACAGGUAUUUUUGAUUUCAAAAGUUUUUUUUAUAUCUUAUAAGUUCUUUUAUAGACAAUUUUUAUUGAUAUUCAUGAAGAGAUUGCUCGAAGUGCUUUGAUUGAAUUACAAUGUAGAAAGAAAUAUAACGAAGAAAGCAACAAAUUGUCAAAUUUACGAGAUAAGGAAGAAAAUCUGAAAUGUGAAAAAGAAUCUGCUGAAUAUACACUUCAACAAGCACAUAUCAAGAGAAAAACAGCUUGUGAAUCAAUGAAAGACAAAUGUCAACUCAAACAUUUAGAUUUGAAUAAAAUGGAUAAUAUUGAGAAACAAAUAUUUGAAAAACUGAUGGAAUUAUUCAAAGAAGCACAAUUACCUGAAGAAAAAGAUCAAGUUGAAAAACAAUUGAAUGCUGAAAGAACACGUUUGAGAGUUGCUGAAAAUAGUUCAGAUGAUGGAAAUAUUGAUGACGAAAGAAGAAUGGAUAAAUUGAAGGCUGAAUUAAUUGAGGAAAUAUCGAGAAAAGAUAAAUUGAUCGAAACAAAAAAGAAUGUUCAUGAUAAAUUGAGUGAAUCUAUUGAAAUAUGGAAACAAAAAGUGAAUGAAAUGAUUGAGAAAAUCAAUGAAAAUUAUCGAGAUAAUUUCAUCAAAAUGGGUUGUUUGGGAGAAGUUCAUUUGGAAAUUCCAGAAAAUAAAGUGAGUUUGCAAAAGUGAAACUGAAACUUUGAUUUGUUUUUCUAGUUGGACAUUGAUAAUUAUGGAAUUAUGAUUAUGGUUUGCUUCCGAAAUGGUGAAAAACUCAAAAGACUUGAUCAAAGAGUUCAAUCAGGUGGUGAAAGAAGUGUUGCAACAAUGUUAUAUCUUCUCGCACUUCAACAAUUGUGCCCAGUUCCAUUCAGAUGUGUUGAUGAAAUCAAUCAAGGUUUGUGAUAUUUCAACAAAAAAUGUUACAACAGUUUAAAAUUUGUUGUAAAAGUUUUUUAAAGUUUAAAAUCAAGGGUUAGAAAUUGAAUUUUUCAAAUGAAAACAUAUGAAAUGAAAACUAAAAUGCCAAUCUUUAUUCGCCAAAAACCCUCAUCAUUUUUCAAGGUAUGGACCCGACAAACGAGCGAAAAGUUUUCGAAAUUAUGGUGAAUUUAUGGAGUGGAACUGGUGCCUUGGCAAAAACCCAAUACUUUUUAUUGACUCCAAAAUUAUUGCACGGAUUAUCAAUGAAUGAAAGAGUCACAGUGCAAGUGGUUCAUAGUGUUGUACCCAAAAAAUAUAGCGUAAGUUUUUCAUCAGGAAAGUCAUUAUUUGGGAUUAUUUUAUUUUUGAACUGAAAUAUUUGACUGAGAAAUUGUUUUCGAAUUCAUUUUUCUUCAUUGCCUCAAAAAUUUAAAGAAAAAAUGUGGUAAAACGUGCGAAAAACAGAAAAAUGUGUUUUGUUCAUUUUUUUUAUUUCCUCAUCUUUUUAUUUGAUUAUUUUUUUGAUUUUGAUGAUCAAGGUUCAUUUUUUCGAUGAGCCACGUCAAAAAAAGGAAGAAAAAAACAUCCAAAAAAAAACAUGUAAAUUAUUUUCCAAGUGCCUUUUCAAAGUUUACGUUUCCUUGGAAUAAAACAUUUGUUUUUUCCUUAAAGGUCUUGUUAAUCAAUACAUAUAUUCCGAUUUUUAAUCGCCACAUUUUUUUCGUCUGUCCAAACAAUAAACGAUAAAAAUUGGUCAAACAAAUUUUUUAAAUGAAAGAGUUUCAAAAUUAUUAUUUAUUUUUUUUCAGGAUUGGGAUACGACGAAAUUUUUGGAAGCGACACGUGCAAAAUGUGCUGUGUAA